UGAAGAGGAGAAGGAGGAGGAUGAGGAAGAGAAAGAGAAAGAGGAUGAGGAUGAGGAAGAGGAUGAGGAGGGUGAAGAGGAUGAGGAUGAGGAGGAGAAGGAAGAGGAGGAGGAGAGAGAGAUGUUUGAUCAUUGGAUGCACGAACAUCCACUUACUUUGGUGGAAACUCAAAGAGGAGAUCAAUGUUAUGGUUGUGAACAACCGUUUAGUAGUGGAGAGCAAGCUUAUGGAUGCAGCAAGAGAUGUUGGGAUUCAAAAUUAUUUCGGGAUUCAAAAUUAUUUCACGAAGAAUGUGUAUCGAUGGCGAGAAAGAUACAACAUCCAUUGCAUCCUCAACACAUACUCAUCCAAAAACGGCAUCAAUUUUGGUGGGAACGUGAACGUCAUUCACUUAAGUGUGAAUGGUGUGAAAGGUGUAUUUGGGGUAUUUGUUACAGAUGUACAAGCUCAGGAUGUAAGUUUCAGAUGCACUUGAGAUGCGCACAAGGAGGUGACGUGGUGGAUGCAACAAAAGAUGACGAUGAUGAACAAAGGCGGGCUGUGAUACAUCAUCCAAGUCACCCCAAACAUGAAUUGAAGUUGUUGAGGAGAUGGUGUUCCUUCAAAUGCAAUGCUUGUGGCACCACACGCAAGGGGAGUUCAUAUACAUGCAUCAAUGAAGCUUGUCAAUAUUGGAUCCAUGAGAGAUGUGCAUCCUUGCCUCUAACCAUCGAAAGGAAAGACCACCAUCACUCUCUCUCUCUUUCGUUUCAUGUCCCACUUGAAUAUAUCAAGUUUGACUACAAAUGUGAUGUUUGCAGCAAAUUUUUGUUCCCCCAAUAUUGGGUAUAUCAUUGUCAACUCUGCAGAUAUAUUGUCCACAUCCAAUGUGCCUUCAACAAGCCGCCUCGUACCAUUAAAAAUGACGCUGAUGCACCCAAUCGAAAAGACACGAUCCAUCUUCCAACAGACGAGAUGGUUGAGGUACUAAUUACACCCUUUGUGAUGAAACAAAGGGGAGGAAGAACAUUGAUACCACCCAUCAUCCCUCGGGUUGAUGACUUGGUGAAUGCGAAGUAUAAGUUCCGUCAUCACCGACAUAAACUCACUUUAGUCUCAUCAUCCCCUCAUGACCAUCAAAUCGAGGAAGAUGAAGAAGAAGACGAGGAGAAUUAUGGGAAAAGAUCAGAAUUAAUAUGUGACGGGUGCCUCACUCCUAUCUCUUCAUCAAGUCGUAAAUAUUACUAUUUGAGUUGCGGCGAAUGCAAAUAUAAUCUUCACAUGGCGUGCUUUCACUUGCCACCUCGCAUCUCCUCUCUUCCAAUCCACGAAGAUGAUCACCGGUUACUUCUUCAAUCUUCCAACAAACUUAAACCUUGGAAGUAUCAAAAUUGCAGUGUGUGUGAGUAUGAUAUGAAUGGGCUGUUCUAUGCUUGUGUGCGUUGCGACUUCAAAGUAGACGUCAAGUGUGCUUGUAUGCCGGAUACCAUACAUCACACAGCUCACCCGAAGCAUCUCCUCAAGUGCAGCAGCAACUCAUGUGAUUUCAUUGUGCACCUUCGUUGCGUUUUGCUGCCAGCAUCAGUGACCAGCUCUAGAUGGGACAAGCACCACCAGCUGCCGUUGACGUACAACGCCACUCUCAACCGUCCUGGUGAUUUCUACUGCGACCAGUGUGAAACGCAGAUGAAUCCCAAAAGAUGGAUGUAUCAUUGCCGCCACUGCGAUAUAUCCUUCCAUCCAGAUUGCUUCAAAACUACAUCCGGCAAGUGGAGAAACAUCAAGAUGGGGCAGGAGUACGAGAACGACGAAGCUCACCCACACACUCUCACCUUUCAACUUCUCACCACAAAACGCCGCUGCGACAUUUGUGAUGAGGAUAGGCAUGAGCAAGAAGGAUUCCACUGUGCGUCGUGCAACUUCUUCGUUUGUCUCAAAAACUGCGGUAAAGAAAUGAUCAGAAAAGGAGACAUGAAGGCCGUCCGACUGAGAGAAAUAUAAGCUGGUUCACUACUCUUUUGUUGUAUCAGAAACCUGUUAGAGAUACUGGUCACCACUUUCCUCCUGUAUUGUUAUGUUUUUUUUUGUGUGUCUUUUAGAUCAAUCAAACAAGUUUAUCA